GUGCACUUCCGGUUCCUCUGCGCUGACUUCCGCUCCCUCCAAGAUGACUUCCGGUCCCUCCGCCGUGACUUCCGCUUUCUCCCUGCCGACUUCCGGUCUCUUGGUGCUGACUCGGCCUUCUGCCGGCGCGGAGGAUGAAGCUCCUGAUUCUUGCUGCGUUUGCCCUCUUUUACGUGGCCCGCUGCGAGGAAGGCGCCAGGCUGCUGGCCUCCAAGUCUCUGCUCAACAGAUAUGCGGUGGAGGGCAAAGACCUCACUCUGCAGUACAACAUCUACAACGUUGGCUCCAGUGCCGCUUUAGACGUGGAGCUGUCGGAUGAUUCCUUCCCCCCGGAGGAUUUUGGCAUUGUCUCUGGCAUGCUCAACGUCAAGUGGGACAGGAUCGCUCCAGCAAGCAAUGUGUCCCACACUGUGGUGCUGCGGCCUCUCAAAGCCGGAUAUUUCAACUUCACCUCUGCUACCAUCACCUAUCUGGCACAGGAGGGUGGACAGGUCGUGGUGGGUUUCACGAGUGCUCCCGGGCAGGGAGGGAUCCUGGCUCAGCGCGAGUUCGACCGGAGGUUCUCCCCUCACUUUCUGGACUGGGCGGCCUUUGGCGUGAUGACCUUGCCCUCCAUUGGGAUCCCGCUGCUGCUGUGGUACUCGAGCAAGAGAAAGUACGACACCCCCAAGACCAAAAAGAACUGAGCGUGGCCACAUGGGCCCAGCACCCCCAGAGCUCAGGAGAGAGCAGACAGAGCAGCACAGAACAGCACAGAGCAGCACAGAGCAGCACAGAGCAGCAGGUGUGUUGGGAUCAGCAGCAGCAGCUCCCACAGCGCGCCGUGCUUCAGCCCUGUGGGUGAGAUGGAGUCCCUGCUGGCUCUGGUGGCAUUGCUGUGCUUUUUCCUCCCUCUUAUUUCAGUGAGGAGUUGCUGGUUUGUUUUUUUUUCUCUCUUGUUGCUCUGGUGAAGGUUGAGGUGUGUGGAGGUACUGAGGAUUUUGUAAUAAACGCCGUGAAGGAAA